AUGAUUGAGAAAUUCCUACUGAAGUACUUCCCAACAGCUAAGACAGCCAAGUUAAGGAAUGAUAUCUCUUCCUUUCUUCAGAUUGAUUUAAAGACCCUACAUAAUGCAUGGGAGAGGUAUAAAGACUUAUUGAGACGGUGCCCUCACCAUGGGUUACCUCUAUGGCUACAGGUUCAAACCUUCUACAACGGUUUGAAUCUCUCAACUAGGAAAUUGAUCGAUGCAGCAGUCGAUAGUACACUUAACAAUAAAACACCCGAAGUGGCUUAUGAGUUUAUAGAGGAGAUGGCACUGAAUAAUUAUCAAUGGCAAGUCAUGAUGAUGAAGCCGAUGAAAGCAGCCGGUGUUUUCAAUUUAGAUGCAGUCACCAUGUUAUCAAAUCAGGUAGAACAAUUAAAUAAGAAAAUUGAUGGUUUAUAUGUUUCUACGCAGGUACAUCCGAUGAUGCAAUGCGAUACGAAUGAAAGAGUAAUGAACAAUCCAAAAAGUUUACCCUAUGGUCCUAUCACAGAGAAUGAACAAAUCGAUUAUAUGAGAAAUAAUUUUAGGCCUCAAAAUAACCCUUAUAGUAACACAUAUAAUGCAGGUUGGAGGAACCAUCACAAUUUCUAUUGGGGUGGUCAAGGAAAUCAGAGAGCACAACCCCCUCCAAGCUUCCAACAACAACCUUACCUGCAAGAGAAAAAGUCGAAUCUCAAAGAGAUGUUGAUGAAGUUUAUCUCGGUGUCAGAAACCCGCUUUCAAAACACUGAAGCAGCACUUAAAAAUCAGCAAGCAUCAACUCAAGGACUCGAGAAUCAAAUCGGUCAACUUGUUAAAUUGAUUUCGAAAAGACCACAAGGUAGUUUGCCUAGCAAUACUGAAACUAACCCUAAGGAGUAG